AUGAGCACGAGUCGCAUGCCUGCCAUAGGCUCUGGCGUCAUCGGUACCGGAGCGACGACGCGGACGAGGCAGAGAUCGGGACAGGGAACGGCGAGACGAGCAGGAGCAACAGGCUCUGAUGCUGCCUUGUGGCCGCCGCUUCAGGAGGGCGGAGGCCCGCUCGGCAUGCAACCCGCUCAAGGCCAGAGGGAGCUACCGUCCUACUCGAGCGUGUCGUCCAGGCAGCAGCAGCCCAACGGUCAUCCGGCUACUGCUCAGGGAGGCAAGAUCCAUCCGCUCAAGCAUGUCUGGUCGAUCAAGUACUCCCACAGAGCAGAGGGAGAGCACUACAACGAGCACUCCUACGAGUCUGGCAUGCUCACCGUCAGCAAGUUUGGCUCUGUGGAGAGCAUGUGGAGCACGCUCAGCCAUCUCAGACGGCCGAGCGAGCUGCCAGCUGUGAGCCACCUGCAUGUCUUCAAGUCGCACAUCAGACCUGUCUGGGAAGAUCCCGCCAACAAGGACGGCGGGAAGUGGCAGAUCAAGCUCAAGAAGGGAGUUGCCGAUCGUCUCUGGGAGGAGAUCCUGUGUGCCAUGGUCGGCGAAAGGCUCCUCAUGCCUCUCCCGGGCACCAACGACGACACUCAAGAGCGCGUCGAUGCAGUCUACGCAGACGACGAUAUCUGCGGAGCGGUGCUGUCCAUUCGCAAGGAGGAAGACAUCCUCACCGUCUGGCACAAGGAUCGCGCAGACACCGCGAAACGUGAAAGACUCAAGGACGGCAUACGCAGGGCCUUAGCUCUCAGCAAUAGCACCCUUCUCGUCUACAAGCCCAACCAGGACAAACUCGCAGAGACUGCAGUCACCGUCUCGCAUCUUGCAUCACGUAGCACGCCUCGGAGAAGCCAUGGUCGGACUGACGAACCACCGCCGCCCUCGGACGUCUCGCGAGGAGAUCGCAUGGUCUUCCGGGACUGGAAUAGAUCCUCCCUGAGACACGACGGACACCAGCAGCAACGAGCGCCGGCCAGACGGGAAUGGAGUGCUCGUCCGACUGCUCCCCUGUGA